CAAAUAAUGCUCCUAUUCUUCUAAUUCUCUCUUUUCUUGGCCUAUUGUCAACAACUAGAACAACAAAAGCUCACCAUCGUUUUUUUUUUGCUGGGACCAAGACACUCUCCAGCUGCUCAUCCCUUUUGUCUCUCUCCCCCUUCCCUUCCUUCUCCAUCUCUCAAAGUUAGUUGUCUAGUAUUGGACAUCAUGAUUAAAGAACGCGACUCCGGACCUGCCACCGACAAACUUGAAAGAAGAGCGCGAACCUUUCUGUGGCUAGCAAUACUGAGCUUCAUCUCAGCCAUCUUCUGCUUCCGCCAUCUCCUCUACACCUCAUGGACGCUGGCCGCCCUCCCCCUCCACUGGACCGCCAAUCGCGAAAGCUUCCUUCUCUCACAAGAACGAGAUGGCUUCGACGUCACAUUUUCCAACUACAGUAUAAACCAGCUCUCGGCCUCCCCUUAUGAGGACCUCGUGCCGCCCGUCCUACAUCACAUCGCCCUCGGCAGACAUGGCACGCAAUGGAGGACAGAGUGGAAGGAAACCGUGCAGAGCUGUAUCGACAUUCACCCCGGCUGGGAGGCUCACGUGUGGACCGACGAGACUGCCGCUCAGUUUGUCGAGGAGAAGUUCCCCGACCUCAAGGAGAUGUGGGACAGUUACACGUACCCAGUUGAGCGAAUUGACGCCCUUCGCUACAUGCUUCUCUAUGAAUACGGCGGCGUGGUGCUGGACAUGGACCUCAAGUGCAGACGCGCGCUCGGCCCUCUUCGACGAUUCAGCUUCGUGGCGCCUGAGGCUCAUCCUGUUGGCUUCUCAGUUGGCUUCAUGAUGUCCAGCAGGCGCAAUAGCUUCGUCGGCGACAUUGUCAACAACCUGGCGACUUACAACAAGCACUGGCUGGGCCUCCCCUACGCGACCGUCAUGUUCAGCACGGGCUGCCACUAUGCCUCGGUCAUUCACGCCGCCCAACCUGAUCGAAGCAACCUGAAGAUCCUUCCCGGACCGAUGCACAGCCUCAACGGGCGGGUGACAACCCCCAUAUUUGAGCACUUGGGUAGCUCAUCCUGGCACUCGUACGACGCUAGAUUCAUCACGUCGCUGGGCCGCAGGCUCAACCAAGUUGUCUUUUUCUGCGUUGGUGUAACAGUGGCACUGUUAGCCAGGAGGAGAUUAAUGCUGCGGCGGGUAUGGUGUAAUUGCAUGGGUGAUCGAUCACUCGUAUAACGGAAACACAGCACAAAGAAGCAAUGGACACAACAUUAUUACGCGAGGGUUAUGUAGGGCCUAGAAGGGUCUCCCGCGGUUUCUUUUUCUUUUUGGGUUUCUUUUCUUUUUCAUUUGCUUCACCAUGUACAUGUAGUUGGUCAUUGUAUUUCAGUAAUACCCGUUAAUAGAGCCUUGAGAUAUUUUUUUUCC